AUGUCGUACGCAAAGGCGCCGUCCGAAUACUCCGUACGCAAAGUCGGCCAGCCCAACACCCUCGAAUUCCGCGCGUACAUCGAGAGGGAUGGACAACCCGUAUCGCCCUUUCACGAUAUCCCGCUGUAUGCCAAUGAGCAGCAGACCAUUCUGAACAUGGUUGUCGAGAUCCCGCGCUGGACAAAUGCGAAGCUAGAGAUCUCCAAAGAGGAAUUCCUCAACCCCAUCAAGCAAGAUGUGAAGAAGGGCAAACUGCGAUACGUGCGCAACUGCUUCCCACACAAGGGCUACCUUUGGAACUACGGAGCACUUCCCCGAACGUGGGAAGACCCCAACGUUGUCCACCCGGAAACCAAAGCUAAGGGCGACAACGACCCCCUCGACGUCUGCGAAAUCGGAGAGCUGGUCGGAUACUGCGGCCAGGUGAAACAGGUCAAGGUGCUUGGUGUCAUGGCCCUGCUCGACGAGGAGGAGACCGACUGGAAAGUCAUUGUCAUUGAUAUCAACGACCCGCUAUCCCCAAAGCUCAAUGACAUCGAGGACGUUGAGCGUCAUCUCCCGGGCCUCCUGCGGGCGACCAACGAAUGGUUCCGUAUCUAUAAGAUCCCCGAUGGAAAGCCUGAGAAUCAAUUUGCGUUCUCUGGUGAAUGCAAGAAUAAGAAGUACGCCAUGGAAGUCGUCCACGAGUGCGCUGAUGCAUGGGAUAAAUUGAUGAGCGGGAAGAGCUCUCGCGGCGACAUCUCCCUCGCAAACACCACCUCGGAGCAAUCCCCAGACCGCGUCGACGCCAACCAAGUCAGCGCCAUCCCGCCCCACCAAGAGCUCGCUCCUGCACCCAUCGACGGCAGCGUCGACAAAUGGUUCUUCAUCUCCGGAGCUGCCGUCUAA